AGAGCAGGUUAUCUGAACAGCAGCGUCGCUGCGACCAGUCAAGCCGAAGAUAAAUAUGCUGCCUGCGCUGUUUUCCCCGUCCGGGAUGAUCCAGUGCAGUGUUUAGUGUUCUUCACGACUCGGAAUCUUCAAAUCAGGCAAGGGACCCUGGUCACUCUUCCCAUUGCGGCCUGACCGGAAGACUACGAAUUACUCGAUCGAGGGUUGUCGCUGGCGAUCUAGACGUCCAUCUCUUGGCUGAUCUAAGGCAGGGUAGCAGUUAACUGACUGUGUAUGCUGGACCUAGGGUUCUUAGGUCAUCAUGAAGUCAACCGCGUGGUGCACUCAUUGGGUCUGCAAGAACCCCUCCAUCUCCACCAACACCUAAAAAUAUCGUGCAUUCAGUCUACCACGUUCGGCGAAAUAUCGACUUGGACAUCUGACAGUCACUGUAAAUCAUGGCGCGAAGUGUCGCGAGUAAGAUGUCCUGGGAGAAGUACGUGCUGCGUCCCGUCCAGGGCGCCCCUCCCGUGGUGCUGCCGACCUUCAUUUACGGCACUGCCUGGAAGAAGGAUCACACCGCGGAGCUGGUACACCAGGCUCUGAGGUCGGGAUUCCGCGCGGUGGAUACCGCCGCCCAACCAAAGCAUUAUCGCGAAGACUUGGUAGGAGAAGGGAUCCGCAGGGCCAUUCGUGACGGAACAGUCCGACGAGAAGACCUCCAUGUCCAAACCAAGUUUACGUCAGUCCAUGGACAAAGCCCGGACAACAUGCCAUACGAUCCUAAUGACUCGGUGACGGAGCAAGUCCAUGCCUCCAUCCAGUCUUCCUUCCGGCAUCUUCGCCCGUCUGAGGAGGCCGACAGUGCCAGCGAGACAUAUAUCGACACGCUGAUUCUCCACUCUCCCUUGUCGACAAUGGAGCAGACUCUGGAGGCUUGGUCGGCGUUUGAGACCUAUGUGCCCCAUCGCAUCCGGAACCUAGGCAUCUCCAAUUGCACCCUGCCCGUCGUCCGGGAGUUGUCGUCGCUGGUUUCGGUGAAACCGGCGGUGGUGCAGAACCGAUUCUACGUGGGCACGCAGUUCGACGUGCCGCUACGGUCGUUCUGCCGGGCUGACCAGAUCAUCUACCAGAGCUUCUGGACCUUGUCGGCGAAUCCAGAGUUACUGCAUUCCGAUGCCGUUCAGCUGCUAGCCAGCCGGGCGGGGAUCAGUCCUGCGGCUGCUUUGUAUAGUCUUGUGCUGGGCCUCGGGAAGACAACGAUACUCAACGGCACGACUAAGAGAGCUCACAUGGAGGCGGAUCUGGCUGCUCUUAAGGUAGCCGAGAAGUUUGCCGAGGAAAACCCCGAGACAUGGCAGCGCAUCGCGGAGAACUUCCAAGGGCUUACGGGAGACCAUGUGACGGUUUAGUCUAUUGACAUUCGUUCCUGGCGCGAAAGUCUGCACCAUCAUGUAAUCGAGCUCCGUACAAAGACGGGAGAUAAUAUAAAAAGCGAGUCAAUCUCCGAACCAACGAGGCCGUAUGAUUGGCGUUUCGGCGGUGGAUAAGUAGUUCGUGGCGAGCGGGACCCAUUGGCGGCCAGAGUGGAAAGGUGUCAGUAUGCAGUAGUACUGAGUAG